AUGUCUUCCAUUCGAGAACUGAAGGAUCGUGGAGGGGAACUAGAAUUGACAGGAAAAGAACUUCAGGAGUAUAUUCUCAACGAGCAAGCCAGGGAACGUGAUGAGAGGGAGAAGCAGAGAGACUUGAUAAAGGCCCAAGGUGAAAUGGAACAUGAGCUGAACAUGUUGAAGAUGCAGGCAGAUUUAGAAAAGGAAAGAGAAGCCAGAGCUAUAAGAGAGCAUGAGCGACAGAUGCAGCUUCUAGAAAGGAAGAGCAAACAAGGAGAUGGAACACCACCAGUAACUCCUCAUCCAUCACAUGUGGCUAAGGGGCCUAAACUUCCUUCGUUUGAGGAAGGUAAGGACAACAUAGACUCGUAUUUGCAAAGAUUUGAGCGGUACGCGACAACGCAAAGUUGGGACAGGAACAGAGAGUGGGCAACCAACCUUAGUGUACUUCUAAAAGGAAGAGCCUUAGAUGUAUUUUCAAGACUUCCUCUUGACCAGAGUAUGGAUUACGAUGUACUUAAGGGUGCUCUACUUAAGAGAUUCGAGAUGACCGAGCAAGGUUUCCGAAAGCGUUUUCUAGACGGAAGACCGGAAAAAGGCGAAACCUUUAGCCAAUUUGCUUUCCGAUUAGAGAGUUACUUUCAGCGAUGGCUAGAGAUGGCGGGAACUGAGAAAACCUUUGAAGGUCUUAAGGAUUUGAUGAUUCGGGAUCAAUUUAUUCGUGCUUGUGGAAACGACCUUACUUUGUUUCUGAAGGAGAGGAUUCCAAAGUCUAUAGGAGAGAUGUCCAAACUUGCUGAUCAGUACGCUGAAGCAAGAGGUGAUGCAUUCAGUUUAGCAAGGCCAAGGUAUGGAGGGCAUAAGUCAUCAUCCAGUGGUGGUCAACCUCAGGGACACUCGGUUAGUAAUUCAAGUAAGACUUCAGCUGAGACGGGAUCGAGGGACAAACAAAGUAAUACAGGGUUGGUGAAACAUUGUUACAUUUGCCAGAAAACUGAUCAUCUUUCUUUCAGAUGUCCACAGAAGACAAACAAGAAGAAUCACGCAAACUGUGUGUCAUCAAAAGGGGAAAAGAAAGGCAAGAAGGCCGAAACUACUAAGGUGGUUGACAAAGCAAAGAUUGCUGAGACCGAAGACAGGUAUGCAAUUGCUUCAUGUAGUGAAACGACGGAAAUGCCUGUUGUGCAGGGAUUUGUUGGUAUUCAUCCGGUGUCAGUUUUGAGGGACUCUGGUUGUGAGCGUUCUAUUGUCAAGACAUGCCUGGUAGGAGACGAGGAUCUUACUAGUGAAAUGGAGACAUGUGUGUUAGCCAACGGACAGAAACUCAUCGUUCAUAUUGCUUACCCAGUUGUUGAUACACCUUACUUCAAGGGUAGAGUUCGUGCUUGGUGUAUGGAUGCCCUAGUAUAUGAUUUGAUACUUGGUAAUGUCAAGGGAGUUAGGAAGCCAUACGACCCAGACAACACCUGGAAACGAGACGAAGUGCUGGACGCGCUGGCGGUACAGACCAGAGCACUGAAGCAGAAAGAGGAAAAGCCAUAUCGUCCACUUAAGGUGCCAAGUGUGAAGGACAUAGGAUCGCCAACAGAUAUCAAAAGUGCUCAAGAAGGAGAUGAUAGCUUGAAGAAGCUAUGGGAAUUGGCGAAGAAGGGAAGCACGAAGGAUCGUUCUGAUGGAGGGCAAUCGCGUUUCUAUGUAUCACGUGGAUUGUUGUUUAAAGAGUUCAAGAGCCCAUCUUGUGCAAAUGGACAGUUGUUCAAGCAACUGGUGGUUCCUACAGCAUACAGACCGACAGUUCUUCAGUUGGCUCAUGAAUCUAUGAUGGCCGGUCAUAUGGGAGCGAAGAGAACAUUGGAAAGGAUAACCUCAGAAUUUUUCUGGCCAGGAAUGACGACCGAUGUGACGAGAUAUUGCCGAUCUUGUGACACAUGCCAGAGAACAUUUCCGAAGGGAAAGGUUGGGAAAGUGCCAAUUGGAUCAAUGCCAUUGAUUGACACUCCGUUCCAACGUGUAGCCAUUGACAUAGUUGGACCAUUGGAUCCUGUAACUGAAAGAGGUAACCGUUACAUACUCACCAUAGUCGACUAUGUGACGCGAUAUCCUGAAGCAGUUCCAUUGAAGAGCAUUGAAACUGAACGUGUUGCAGAGGCCUUAGUUGAUGUCUACAGUCGUGUUGGAAUUCCUCAAGAAGUGCUGACAGAUAAGGGCUCACAAUUCACUUCCGAUUUGAUGCGAGAAGUCAGCCGUUUGUUGUCUAUUCGUCAGUUAACUACAACGCCGUACCAUCCGAUGUGCAAUGGACUUGUUGAACGAUUUAAUGGCACUCUCAAGCAAAUGCUUCGUAGGAUGUGUUCCGAAAGACCUCGUGAUUGGGACAAGUAUAUCAACGCUUUAUUGUUUGCUUAUCGUGAAGUGACGCAGGAGAGCCUUGGAUUUUCUCCGUUUGAGUUGUUAUACGGACGAAAGGUAAGAGGCCCAAUGAUGAUUCUCAGGGAACUAUUGACCAAGGAUAUUCCUGAUCCUGAUACAAAGACCACUUAUCAAUAUGUUAUUGAUCUGAAAGAGCGUUUGGAAGAGACAUGCAAGAUGGCUCAGCAGCAAUUGAAGUCAGCCAGAACUCGUCAAGCAAUGUACUAUAACAAGAAGGCGAAAGACAGAAAGAUGAAUCCUGGGCAAAAGGUGCUGGUGCUUCUGCCAACAAAGAGGAACAAGUUGUUAAUGCAGUGGAAAGGACCAUAUGUAAUUGAGGAGAGAAAGGGGUCUAUGGACUACAAAGUUGUAGUCGACGGAAAGUCUAAGACUUACCACGCAAACCUAUUGCGACUAUAUGUGGACAGGAAUGGUAACGGUGUCGUCAGAAAUGAUCCAGGUGUUCUGUCAGUCACUUGUGCUGCAGUCAUUGAGGAGGAAGACAGCAAUGAGAACGAAGAGAUUCUCGAAGACGCGAUUGUUACCUCGCCAGGACCAAUAAGAUCUGAAACUACUAAAGAUGUACUGGUAUCAGAAUUACUCGGUGUGGAACAGAAGACAGAUGUCAAGGAAAUGUUAGAGGAAUUUGAAGACGUCCUUACAGAUGUUCCGGGGAAAACCAACCUGGGAGAACACGACAUAACUACUUUGACAGAUGAACCAGUCAGGGCUACGAGUCAUAGUAUACCCUACAGUAUGAAGGCGACAAUCCAAGAUGAAGUUGGGAAGAUGUUGGAAAUGGGUGUGAUAAUGCCGUCCGAGUCACCUUACUCUGCUCCAGUUGUAAUUGUCAAAAAGAAAGAUGGCAGUAAUAGGUUUUGUAUUGACUAUCGACACAGCAUACAGAAAUAUGGGGAUCAAAGCNGCAUUGAAAGUUUGGAUGAUCAUGAAAAAACAGAACCAUCAUAUGAGGACUGUACACCAUACAGAGAUGCACUGCUUAAGACAGAAGAUGAGAGGAGGACACAUCAUCACAUCUACAACCGCCAUCACCGAGACCAGGAUGCGUAUCAGGAGAUUGGCCGUCACUGGAAUCUGGAUUCGUCCUCACCAGGAAAGAUGCCAUUAUCAGGAGGGACAACGAAACUGAUGCAAAGAUGA